ACGUCACCGGCGUAACCCAUAUCACGAAUCCUCCAAAUCCCUCUCGCGAAGAAGAGGAAGAAAGAAGGCAACCAUGGUGACCCAGUACGGCAUCAAGUUGGCCGUACACCUCAUGACUAACCACUUCGGCAAUGUCGUCGCUAAAGUGUGUGAGAAUCUUCUUCAAAGAGGUCCCCUGACCCUCCAACUGAUAGUUCAGUUAACGGAGCUCACCCCGCAACAGGUCACGAGCUCCCUCCUCAUCUUGAUCCAACACAACUGCGUUCAAGCUUUCUCUCUCGAGCAACAAGGUGGUUUAGAGGAUGGGCCAAAAGCUGAUACCCAGUACAUGGUGUUGUUUAGUAACAUACUCCAUCGCAUGAGAUUUUCCAAAUUCUUGAAGAUUGUUUCUGGUGAAUUUGAUGAAGAAUGUAAAGAACUUCUUCACGGUUUGCUUCAGCAUGGUAGGCUUACACUGAAGCAAAUGGUAGAAAGAGCCAAGAAUAUGAUUGAAAGAGAGAAGUCAAGUAAAAGAGAAGGAAUUUGUGAAGAUAUUGUACAAGAAAACCUUCUUAAACUUUUGGCUGCCCGUUAUGCUGAACGCUGCCCGACCCAUGAAGCAGUCCUUGCUGCACCAGUUACAGAAGAAACUACUGCCAAGAAGCGAGGUGCCAAGUCUGCUAAGAGAAAUGAAGAAUCAGUGACAAUAGAACAACGUGUUCUAGGAGCAGCAGCUCCUAUGGAAGCACAAAGAUUUUCAAUUAUAACAAAUACUGGAUCUAAUGUCAGCAGAGAAAUAAGUACGAAUGCUUCCUCUAGUAUGAGUGUUGGAGAAAAGCGCAAGUAUGACUCUUUGGAGUUAGAUAGAGAACCUGCAGCUGAAGAGGAGGAAGUAGUUCUUUUUCGUGCCAAUUUUGAGGAAUUUAUGCGUCGUCUUAGGCAUAAGGCUUGCAUUGAGAAUGUGAGAACACGCCUGGAUGAUGGAUCUUCAAUUGUCUUAAGAGCAAUGCUGGAGGCAGCAAGAAGUUUAGAGAAAAAAGUGAAAACAGAAAAGCCUGUUCCCUUGUCACUGAAUACCAUUUUUGAAGAGGUAAUGAAGAGUGAAGAAGGGCGUGGUAUGACCUUAGACCGUGUCAGAGCUUCCCUUGCCCAGUUUGGUUGUUCACCCUCUGCAAGAGGGACAGAUGAAUCAUAUAGUAUUGAUUUGAAGAAAAUUGUCGAAUUAGCACAGAAUGAUGAGGUUUCUUUGACACUCGUUUCAAAAGAUAUGAAAAUCCAUGUUUCAGUCACUAAAAGAUGUCUUACUUUUUCUACACUGCAGUUGGAGUCAAUUGUGUUGAAAAGAUAUGGAAGGGACGCUUAUAGAAUGUUCAGAUUACUGUCAAAAACUGGUCGCCUAGUUGAGACCGAUAAGAUUUCAGAUACCACAUUUGUUGAAAAGAAGGAUGCACCCAAGAUUCUUUAUAAGCUUUGGAAGGAUGAGUACUUGCAUAUGGAGAAAUUAGUUGUAGCGGGAGCUAGACAAUCACAAUUCUUGUUAUGGAAAGUAAAUAAGCCCUCGCUACAAGAACAUGUACUAGAUGAGAUGUUCCGUGCUGCUUUAAAUUUGAGUCAACGAGUGGCUUAUGAGCGGGAAAAGGAAAAAGAGUUUGCAAAGAGGACAGUUCUCUGCCCAAAUAAUUGAAAUGGCCGUACAUGAUACUGUGUAAUUGCACCAAAACCUGACAAUGAACAGUGAGAAUAUCGUCUUGUUGACUAUAAACUAGUAGGUUGAAUUUGUUCCCGACAAUGAAGGAUCUUUGCCUCCCAAUGUUUUUAAUGUUAAUUGUUUCAUUCGGUCCAAACAGUUUAACAACUCGCUGUGUAUGUACGUGUUAAAGAUUCUUGCUUAUUUUAUAUCACAGCUGGACUUAACCAUUUGAGUAAUGGGGUCUUUUUUUUCCUUUUGUUGUUGGUGGAUUGUUUGUCAAUUCCUGUUUUUCCAUCUUUUGAAAAUUUUCACACUAAUAAAGGUAGUGUUUGGCAAACAACAUGGCUU